GCUUUCAUGGAUUCCAAUGACAAAAUGAAUCAGAGUAGCCCCCUGUUCAAGCUCCUCUGUGGGGGCGAGCUAUACUCGCUCAUGUUGAGCUUCUUGACGGUCGUAAAGAAGACUCCACAGGGGGAUAUUGAGAUUGCUGACAUCAAGAGCUUGAAGAGCCUUGCACGCGUGUGCAAGCGCACCUUCGAGCCGACGGCUAUCUUACUGUGGCGCGACACGAAUAUGCACCGGUUUACUCAUGCAGCCCGAGUGCUUCCGCACCAUCAAACUACGUACGGUCGUUCCGUGAAAUUGAGGACGACAAAUAUACGCAAGGAAAUGGUGCUCAACUUGAAGAUAUAUGCACAGUCGGUUCGCUCGUUUUGCUAUGAUGAGGGCAAGCCAUAUCUCCACCAUGAAUCUAUUGGACGUCUACUGGCUGUAAUGAAAAUCGGUCCAUCCCUCUUUCCCAAUAUUCAGCACCUUACCAUGCCAAUGCCAGAAUACUAUGAUGCACGCCUGGCUCCUUUCUUGGCUUCAUCUAUCACCCAUCUGACUGUAAAUAUCCCUUACAAGGAUACUUCCACGCUUGACAUGAUUGCCAACACAUGCCCGUCGCUCAUUCAGCUCUCAUUGACCUCAGUCGCCACUAACAGCGAGCACGCCAACCAGAAACAGCAUCGGAGACUUGACCAAGAGUCUGUUUGCCAUCGUAGUUCAUCGCCUUGGGUUAUUCAGUGGCUCACAUCAAUGGCACACCGUUUCGGAAACCUUCAAGUCGUGGCCGUUCGAACUCCGAGUAGUAUCAUGAGUCCACUCGGAGCCAUCAACAAUAUCAGUCAGUUUCCCUCGCUGAAGGAGCUCACGCUUUCCAUCUGGAACUCGACUGGCGCAUUGGCUCCUCCUCUGCCACACCCGAUCCCUGUGAUCAAGUUCCCUCAUCUUACCAGCUUGUCUAUUGAUUAUGGUUCCGCAUCCGAUCUUGACAGGAUGCUGCAAUGCCUUUGCGGACAGCUCCAAGGUCUUGUAGCGAUCAAUUUGUCCUACAGCCUGAUUGACCGAAAGCCGGAGCCCCACUCUGAGAAUGCUCUAUUUCAACACACUGUAGAAGCACUUUCUGGAAACACUUUGACGACACUCCGCAUUCACAGGGCCCACAUGUUAUAUCAUGUCCAAGGCAAUCCCCUCGAUGCAGGUAUUUUUCAGCAAGUGUGCAAUUUUGUCCACCUUCGCAGUUUGUAUAUCGCCAUGUCGCUCAGCAUUCCCUUGAACGACAGGAUGCUUGUUCAAAUUGCUCGUUGCAUUCCCAACUUAGAGACAUUUGAUGUUCGCCGAUGGGACUCAAGCCCUGGGCAGACCAACACUGAGGAGAAUGCGGUUACACUUGUUGGGCUGGCAGUCUUUGUAGAGACUGCUCAGAACCUUGCAUUUCUUGGGCUUUCAUUCAAUUGUGAUUCUGAUGUUGAUGUCCUUUCUGACCUUGGUCCGGAGCGCAAUGUCAAUGGAGGAUCACGCGUAGUGGAGCUGGGAGUUGGUCCAGGGUAUGUAGUAGAUGCGGAGUUAACAGCUCGCCAACUCCUCCAGAUAUUCCCCAAUGUCGAGGUGAUUGACACUCGGAAGCUGAAGGAAUGGGCGAAGCGCGUGUCAACCCUUGACAGAUCAUACGAGAAUUAUGCGUAUGAUUUACAGCCAACAACUCUCUACACUCGAUGGAGGGAUGUAGCACGACAAAUGGACACGAUACGUCCUUUGGAUCACCCCAGGGAUACAGAUCAAGGCUGGAGGGCGGUUGAGGACUUAUCGGCAAGUGAGGGAUCUGUUAGCGAAGAGGAAGACUUGUAUGAAUUUGAGUCAGAUUAUGACGAUGAAAGUACAUAUGAUGAGGAAAGUCACUAG